AUGGCCAAAUGCUGCGUGGGCUGCGGAGGCCGGGCCCCUGAAGGACUCCCAGCCCUGACGCAGCCGUGGGCCCGGAGGCCAGGGUGCCGGCGCGAGGCUGUGCCCUGCACAGAGCUCGGGGCAGCAGCUGCCAGCGCGGACACGUCCGCGCCCAGCCGGGAAGGCGCGGGGGGCCGUGUGCGGGCCGUGGGCACAGUGCUGACCCGUGCAGCGGACAGGGCCCCCGCCGAGGAACACCGCGGCUGGCUGCCCUCAGCCCAGCGAGACAGCCGCCCAAACAGAGCCACCUCCCUGGGCCUUGGCCCGGGGACAGGAGGCGAGGAGGGGGUUACUGCAGGCCCCAGGUAUUUUGGUGAGCCGGAGGCCGGCUGGGGAGGGUGCGGGCGCCAGCGACACCUCCAGCUGGCGGGCGUUCUUGGCAGCCGUGUCCCCAGGAUUGCGUCCCGGCGGGUGAGGCGCACGUCAGGCCCUCCAGCCUCUAGUUGCCCCGGGGGCCAGUGUGGCUGUGGAGGGGGCUGUCGGGGGGAGGAAGGGGGGUGCCCGGCUGCCGGCACCGGGCAGGAGGGGCCCCCCGGCCCUGAGGUUCUCCUGUGCAUCCCGCCAACCAAAACGACUGCCCGGGCAAGACACAGCCAGAGAGCCGAGGAGGGAGAAACGCGGGCUCUGACCAGGACUCCCGAGCGGGCUGUUGUGGGGGCUGCUGUGGGGGAUGAGGUUCCCAGGGGAGCAAGGGGCAUCCCCUGCCCACCGGGCCUUUGGGACAAGCCUCUGGCUGCCCUCACGGUCCACAUCCCCGAGUCUGAUCCGCGAGCCUGCCUGCCGGGCCGCCAGGAGGGCACGGUCCUCGGUGAACUGGUCCACGCGUCUGACCACACGCUCCCCUUCCUUCCGUGUCUGGCCUGCGACGGCGAAGAUUUCGAGGCAGCGCGUCCUCGAGGAGCUGCUCCCCGCCCGGAUUCAGACCCAACCGGUGCGGGUGGUGACGCCCACUGGCGCACCCUGGGGGUGGGGGGGCUCGGGAAGCGAGGCCGGGAGGCAGUACCAGCUGUGCUGCAGGGCGUGCUGGCAUCCGGGAGCAACCGGGAAGCUCAGACUGGACGCCUGGGCUCUGGGUCCCCAGCGUUGCAGGACCUGAGGCGGCAGAAAGGACGAAACCCCCGCCCCUGUGGGAUGCACACGCCUCCAGGGAAGUCUCAGGAUGGGGUGGCUCUGGACGGCGGCCACCGGCCCCAGAGCCCACAGCCUGAGGGGAGCCUGGGCGGGGGCAGGGUCACAGUGCAGGCCACCCCUCACGGGAACGCCCAGGCCUUCCGCCGGCUUCGGCCCCGGCCAUCCUGGGAACUGCCACAGCCGGUGGUCACCCCCGACUCGGCAGGGCCGAGGGGCCCCUGCCCCAGCCCGAUGCUGACGCUCCGGCACCAGGUUUGGGGGGAGAAUCAGUCCCCUGCUGUGCAAAGCCAAACGUUCGCACCACAAAGGACGUCCCCCUGCCAGCCAGCCAUCUGCACCGGGCGGCCUCUCCGAGGACCGUGUACGCGGCUGGCCGUGCUCGGGGCCCCGGCCUCCCAGCAGCAGCGCCAGCCGCUGGGGCCCCUCCCAGCGCCUUCCAGGAGAGCCCGGGGCCGACCCGCCUUCCCCUCCCGUGCAGACUCUGGGGGCCCGCUGGCUGAAAGCUGCGAGGUGCCCGCCCUGGGCAAGCUGCCAGCAGCCCUCGAGCCCACGUCUGCUCUCGGGGCCUGGAACAAGCGGGCCUCCAGGAAGGGGGGGCCCCAGCUGCCCCUGCACCUGGUGGGAAGGGGCCAUGAUUCAGAACUGCAGCCAGACCCCGGUGGCCGCUACAUCGAGGGGGAUGAGAGGCUGCCACGCAACCUCUUGCGGGCAGAGAGUCCACAGCAGGGGCUCCUUGGAGAGGCCAGCCCUGUGGACACAGGCCCCAUAGAUGCAGGCCCAGUGGACGCAGGCACCGUGGAUACAGUCCCCGUGGACGCAGGCCCUGUGGACACAGGGCCCGUGGACGCAGGCCCAGUGGAUGCAGGGCCCAUGGACGCAGGCCCCGUGGACGCAGGCCCAGUGGACGCAGGGCCCAUGGAUACAGGCCCCGUGGACGCAGGCCCCGUGGACGCAGGGCCCGUGGACGUAGGCCCCAUGGAUGCAGGCCCCAUAGAUGCAGGGCCCAUGGACACAGGCCCCGUGGACACAGACCCUGUGGAUGCAGGCCCCGUGGACGCAGGGCCCGUGGACACAGGCCCCGUGGAUGCAGGCCCCGUGGACGUAGGGCCCAUAGACACAGGGCCCGUGGACUCAGGCCCCGUAGACACAGGCCCCGUGGAUGCAGGGCCCGUGGACUCAGGCCCCGUGGACUCAGGCCCCGUGGACUCAGGGCCCAGUGGACGCAGGCCCUGUGGGCGCAGGGCCUGUGGACGCAGGGCCUGUACCCCCACGGCCCUGCAGGAGGCGGAGAGGCAGGCCCAGGACCGCCUGCCGGUGUCCCUCCUGGCCCAGGCUUUGGCCUCCGGGAAUCGCUGCCUCAGAGCCUUCUCCAGGGACAGGCUUGAUAGAGGCCGGGGCCACGUCGACACCACCCUGAGGAGGCCCACGUGGACUCCCGUGGCCCGGGCCUGCUGCCAAAGCUUCCUUUGGGGUCUCUGUGUGGUGCCCACUGGAAAUCGAGGUGUGGUGAUUCAGGGCCCCAAGGGCGCCUUUGUGGGGGGCUCGGGGAAGGCCAGCAAGCCCCCGCUCGCAGAGGCCGAGAAAGUCCUGGGGACGCGAGAGGAGCAGAGGGUAGGGCCUGGGCCCGGCUCGUGCCAACGGCCCCCACCAGGCGGGAACCCCUGGGGUGGACACGCCGGACAGCUGGCCGCCCUGAAGCCCGACCUGCGCGUCCGGCCCCCAGCUCCGGUCACUGUGCUGCGGCCUCGGAGCUGUGGUUCCCCCCCAUCUGGGGCCCCAGGGAGCCAAGGCUCCAAACAGGGGAAAUUCAUUCUCUCUGGAGGCCAGUGGUCCGAGAUCGAGAGUCUCAGUGCCAUGCCGCCCGGAGAAUCUGGAGGAGGACGCUUCCUGUCUCUUCCAGGUCUGGUCGUGCCGGAGCCCCUGGCUUUCGACCACGUGUCCCCAGUCUCCGUCUCCGUCAUCUCAUGGCUUCUCUGUGGGGUCUGCAGCGUCCUCUCUGAGGACGACGGUCCUACCCGGGCCUCCUCAUCCCGGACGACACCCUCUGAGCUCGUCACACCUGCAAGUCCCUGA